CGGAGUUGGACCGGAGAUAGACUGUCUUCGACCAGUCGUUACUAGACGCAUCUGGACCGGAGCCGCACCACAGCAGCUAACCCGCACCUCCAUUUAACACGGACACUUUUUACAGAAUUUAUUAUUUAUCUAUUUUUCAACCUGUCGUUCAGGUGGAUUCUGGAUAGUCUGACCGGUCGAGGCUGCCUCCCCUCACCCGUUCUACCGUGUACAAGGAACUCAGCCAUGCACCCUCCCCCGUCGCUCCUCUCCCUCCUCCUCCACCUCUCCCUGUACCCCAGUGCAUGCUGGUCCUCCAGGAUCAUCGUAGUCCCUCCCAUCAUGUUUGAGUCCCAUCUCUACAUCUUCAAGACCCUGGCCACAGAACUCCACCUCCAGGGACAUGAUACUUCCUUCCUGCUGUCAGAGGGGCGCCAGGUGCCCCCCUCCCCCCACUACACCUUCCAGCGUUACCCAGGCAUCUUUAACUCCUCCACAGCCGACAGCUUCCUCCAAUCAAAGGUCAGCAAUAUCUUCUCUGGUCGUUUCACGGCGUUGGAACUCUUCGACAUCCUCGACCACUACGCCCAGAACUGCGACGCCGUCGUGGGAAACAAAGAGGUCAUGACCCAACUCAAGGAUGCCAAAUUUGACCUUUUAUUGGUCGACCCCAACGAGAUGUGUGGGUUCGUGAUCGCUCACAUCCUCGGGGUUCCCUACGCCGUCUUUUCCACGGGUCUAUGGUACCCAGCGGAGGUCGGGGCUCCCGCCCCUCUCUCCUACGUUCCCGAGUUCAACUCUCUCCUCACCGAUCAGAUGUCUCUGGUCCAGAGGAUUACCAACACGGCGGUGUACCUGGUGUCCCGGUUCGGUGUUCAGUACCUGGUGUUACCUAAGUACGAGCGGAUCAUGAGGAAGCACGGCGUGGAGCCGCGGGUCGCCAUGCAGGACCUGGUGCAGGGGAGCAGGCUGUGGAUGUUGUCUACUGAUCUGGCUCUGGAGUUCCCCAGGCCCACUCUACCACACGUUGUCUAUGUAGGAGGGAUACUGACCAAACCUGCCAGCCCAUUACCUCAGGACUUUGAGUCGUGGGUAAAUGACACGGCGGAGCAUGGUUUUGUGGUGGUAUCGUUUGGCGCCGGCGUCAAAUACCUCUCAGAGGAUAUCACUCACAAACUGGCUGGAGCCCUGGGCAGGCUGCCCCAACGCGUGGUCUGGAG